GCGGAAGGAAGCGACUCCUCCGCGGCAUUCCCAUUCACGGCAGCAUCGUGUUAUCGCCACCACUAGCCCGGGAGGCAUCCGUCGGCGUCCGGUUCGGUGUACCGUUGCUAUCCGCCACGAUGCUCAACUCGCUCGAGGCGCUCGCGGGCAAGAUUUCGCCCGGUUCGGGCAAGAAUUCGCCCUCGGCCCCGAACGGGGCCAAUGCGGGCGGCGAGCUGAUCGACAGCAAUGGCAACAACAAGCUGCUCAGUGGGUACCAUCUCCGGACCAAACUACCCUACCAGAAGCCCGGUCUCAGCAACAACAACAACAACUGCAAUGUCGUCAACAAUACACCGGCCGCGGCAGGCAUUGUGCCGGGCGGUGGCGGUGGUGUUCCGCUGCCGGUCGGGUUGCUCAGUCCACAGGCGGUAGCGAUGCUUGGGGUCAGCAGUAUUGCCACCAGCAACACCAACGGCAACAAUGGCAGCAGUAGUAACUUAAGCCCGACCGCCGCCACCGUUGCCGUAGCCACCGCGAACAGUCAUCGUACCGCGAACGGGACCAGCGACGCCAUGAUCGUGGACGAUGUGCAGAUGAUGGGCGUAUCGGCGAAAGAAAAUGCCAUCCUGAACAUGACCAACACCGCCAGCAGCAUCGUCAACGCGAACGUCACCAGCAUGAACCUCAGCCCCGGCAGCAACAACAAUAACAAUCAUACGCUGAACAACAACAAUCCCAAGGUGAUAAACAACAACACGGCGAUCGUUGUCGGGUCGGACGGGUCCGACAAGGCGUCACCGUGCCAGGACCAAGACGAGGAGGUGGUAGGUGACCAGCCCGACCCGGACUACAUCAAGAUGUUCGUCGGGCAGGUACCACGCUCGAUGGACGAGCAGCAGCUAAAGGAGAUGUUCGAGGAGUUCGGCCGUGUCCAUCAGAUCAACGUGCUGCGGGACAAAACAUCCGGCCAAAGCAAGGGGUGCUGUUUUGUGACUUUUUACACUCGUAAGGCAGCGCUCAAGGCGCAGGACGCGCUGCACAACAUCAAGACGCUUGUUGGGAUGCAUCAUCCGAUCCAGAUGAAGCCGGCUGACAGCGAGAAUCGAAAUGAACGCAAGCUGUUCGUCGGUAUGCUUAGCAAAAAAUAUAAUGAGAACGAUGUACGACAGCUGUUCUCGGGCCACGGCACCAUCGAGGAGUGUACGGUACUGCGUGACCCGUCCGGGCAGAGUAAAGGCUGUGCUUUCGUAACAUUCGCAACCAAACAGUCCGCGAUCGGUGCAAUUAAGCAUCUACACCAGAGCAAAACGAUGGAAGGCUGCUCGGCCCCGCUGGUGGUAAAGUUUGCCGACACGCAGAAGGAAAAGGAUGCCAAACGGAUGCAACAGAUGCAUUCGAACCUGUGGAAUAUGAGCGGUAUCAAUCAGCCGAUCACACAAUCGGUAACGCCCCUGACCGCAUCCGCCCAUCCGAACCCACCGCAACAGCAGACACCGUUCCUGGCCGCCGAUGCGAUCUCCCCACCGCUCCCCACGUUGCUACAGCAGCUGCAAGCGGUCGCGCAGCAGCAGCAUCUUUUGCAAGGACUUAGCGCCCAGACUGAUACGACCUCCGCCGCCGCCGCAAGCCUUCUCGCUCCGAUCUCUUUGCAGAAUCUGGUGACGCUAGCCGGUAUAACGCAACCGUCGCUGCAAACUGCUGCCGCAGCAGCAGCACAGACACCGGCCACGGCGAUCAGCAAUGCAGCGAACUCUUUGUCCGGUCUGUUAGGGAAAACAGCAACGUCAGGGACUACUGGAGCUGAUACAGCCACCAGCCUGACAUCGUACGCCGCCUUACCGCAGUUUGGCGCAGCCGCAGCCACUGCAGCAGCAUUCACCCCGACGCCUUUAACCACGCCGACGCUAGCGCAAGCGGUGGCUGCCGCCGCCGGAAAGCAGAUUGAAGGACCGGAGGGUUGCAAUCUGUUCAUCUACCACCUGCCGCAGGAAUUCACCGACACCGAUCUGGCGUCAACGUUCCUGCCAUUUGGUACCGUCGUGUCGGCGAAGGUCUUCAUCGACAAGCAGACGAACCUAUCGAAGUGUUUCGGUUUCGUAUCGUUCGACAACGUGUCGUCGGCCCAGGCCGCCAUACAGGCGAUGCACGGGUUCCAGAUCGGUACCAAGCGGCUGAAGGUGCAGCUCAAGCGCUCGAAGGACGCGUCCAAACCGUACUAGGAGUUGGGGCAGCUGGCGGCGACAGUGAAUGCGCAGUUGCUCAAGUACUGCGCGGCUGCCGUCGCCACCGCUACCGCCACCAUCAUCGCAAGCGCAACAAUCAACAACCGCGGGCCCAUCAGUGAGGGUGUGGCCGGCGGUUACAAACACACCACCACUAGCAGCAGUAGCAGCUUUGUCACCGCAAAUAACCUCAAAUUUCAA